GCUGGUCAUCUGCCGCACCUUUGUUCGUCUGCCUUUGACUGCCGUUCAACGCACAUUUUGUUUGUCUCGACCAAUGAUUUUGCGAGGAACUUAUAACCUUUCUGUGAUUAACCGAUGAAAUUUACCACAGGUGCUCCCUCGUUUUCACCGGUUUCGUUCCCUCCUUCGCAGCCACCGCUGUCGCCUCCCAUUCCCCUCAGUUGUAAUCACUACUCAACUAAACCCAUCCUCUCUGUCUAAAUCCUCCUAAAAUUUUACCCAACCCAGAAUCCCAGAUCGAGCGAGGAUGAAUUUGGCCGGCAAGUGAUCGGAGAUUUUCUAUCUAUGCUUUCUUAGGAGACAGAGGCUGUCAAGAGAAGAUCAUUACCAAGAAAAAUUGGGUAAUGGUUCGUUUAGUACCAGUCGGUCUAAGCCUUGGACUUUUAGCAUAGUUCAGCUUUGGACAGGAGAGGGUAUUGGACGACAAUCCUGAUUUUCAUGUCCUUUAGAAUUGCCAUCCUCACAAUUCUCAGUGCUGAUCUUUCUGUAUAAAUUAGAGAAGGUUGAGAUAUUAAGAUUUGCACCAUAGUAGAAAAGGAUUGUAGAAGUUGUUUUCUCAAGCAUAGCAUCAAGAUCAGGGCAGCCUCAUGCGUUGCGUGAGGGCAACUCACCUAGGAUAAUUCCAAUUACAAUUACGAUUCUGAAGCUUCAACCAAGCAUCCCCUUAGUCAUUUCAUUCAGGGAAGAAGUCUGGCCCGAUGGAAGUGGAGGCUAGUUUUAGGGUGGUAUCUCGUAUUCAUUGCCAAGCAGUGCCGUAUUGCAAUCCAAUCUGCAAUUAUCAAACCUUAAACCUCCAUUUUCCCUACCAUCACCGUCCUCCCCACCUCUCAAAUGCUUCAUUUCACACACUCAAAAACUGCUGCUGCAAAGCUGCUGCAAAAGAGAGCAGUACCAAAGCUGUAGAAAAAGGAAGGAAGAUGUCUGCUGAUGAUUCACAUGAUUUAAAGCUCUCAAGCUUAACAGCUCUGUGUCCUCUUGAUGGACGUUAUUGGGCUAAGGUCAAGGAGCUAGCUUUUUUUAUGAGUGAAUAUGGUUUAAUUCGCUUUAGGGUUUUAGUUGAGGUGAAAUGGUUGUUAAAACUUUCUCAAGUUCCUGAAAUUCCUGAGGUUCCAAGCUUCUCUAAAGAUGCUGAGACUUAUCUGCAAGGCUUGAUUGAUGGAUUUAGCUUGGAUGAUGCCAUGGAAGUCAAGAAAAUUGAGAAAGUGACUAACCAUGAUGUUAAGGCAGUGGAAUACUUUUUGAAGCAAAGGUGCCAGUCACACCCAGAGAUAGGAAAGGUGCUCGAGUUUUUCCACUUUGCCUGUACGUCUGAAGACAUUAACAAUCUUGCUCAUGCACUUAUGCUGAAAGAAGCUCUUUCUAUGGUGAUGUUACCUGCUAUGGAUGAAGUGAUUUCAGCCAUAAGUGACAUGGCUAUGGAAAAUGCUCACAUUCCUAUGCUUUCUCGCACCCAUGGACAGCCAGCUUCACCUACAACCUUGGGAAAGGAAAUGGCAAUUUUCGCAUUCAGGUUAAGUUGGGAAAAGCGGGAUAUUUCAAAAGUUAAAAUACUUGGGAAGUUUGCUGGUGCUGUUGGAAACUAUAAUGCACAUCUUGUGGCGUAUCCUGAUAUCAAUUGGCCGCAAGUUGCGGAGGAAUUUGUGACAUCUCUUGGAAUUGAUUUCAAUCCCUAUGUGCCGCAAAUUGAACCUCAUGACUACAUGGGCAAACUUUUUCAUUCUAUAAUCCAGUUCAACAACAUUCUAGUUGAUUUUGAUAGAGACAUCUGGGGAUAUGUCUCUUUAGGUUACUUCAAGCAGAUAACUAAAGCUGGUGAGAUUGGGUCUUCUACAAUGCCUCACAAGGUUAACCCAAUUGAUUUUGAAAAUAGCGAAGGAAAUCUUGGAGUGGCUAAUGCAGGGUUGUCCCAUUUAAGCAUGAAGUUACCUAUUUCACGCUGGCAGAGGGACUUGACUGAUUCUACUGUUCUGAGAAACAUGGGUGUAGGUUUAGGACAUUCUCUGCUAGCCUACAGGAAUACAUUAAUGGGCAUUGGGAAGCUUCAGGUCAAUGAAGCUUCCCUGAGUGAAGACUUGGACCACACGUGGGAGGUGCUUGCAGAACCAAUACAAACUGUCAUGCGAAGAUAUGGUGUCCCAGAGCCUUAUGAAAAACUGAAGGAGGUAACAAGAGGAAGAGCGGUGACCCAAGGGAGCAUGAGAGAAUUUAUUAAGAACCUGGAUAUACCAGGAGAUGCAAAGAUGAUGCUCUUGAAUUUAACACCCCAAACUUAUGUUGGAGCAGCGGCUGAAUUGGCAAAAAACAUAAAGACAGCCAUAAAUUUAGUGAAUGGGGUUAGGUUCUCCUAAGGAGUGGGGAAGUAGGGUGAAAUUUAGUGCUGAUUUGCUUCGACUUCACAGCUAAGUUGUGAGAAAUUAUUUCAUACACAUUUGUUUUUUUUCAUUUCUACUAAUCAAAUCGAGGGACUACUAAGCACUUUUCUUGAAAUUUUGGCACGAGAGUUGUGUAAAAUAGGCUUUUUUCUUUCCUCAAUAUGCACUUACCCAAGAUGUGAACUUUCUUUUGCAUUCUCUUGUAAAGAGAAUUGUAAUUGAACUUUUCAUAGUUCGAGCUUGA